ACAUUUACUGGGGGGGAGGCGUCUCUCUCAUCUCGUUACCGGGUUUCGGAGACUUCGAGCAAUCUUCUCUAACGCUAUUUAUUCCCCGUUGCUGCUAGCCUUCUCAGACAAAUUAGGACAUAAGGAAUCCCUCAGCACUACUGUCUGAUCCUACUGGAUCAGUGCUGCUGUCAAUUACCCACAAGUGUUCACUUCCACGUUUAGGAACACGAUGCUCUGAGCUUUUACUCUCUUCAAGGAAACACAAAGACGACUGCGGCCUGUGUUACAUUUAAUCUCGCCUUCGUUUCUAAAACAUCAACUCAUUGUUUUCUCCCAUUGCUGCUACCACCACCACUGCUAGCACCAAUUCAACAUCUACAACCUCUCGCCAUGUCAGGGACGGCUUCUCCGCGUAGCGGUCGACCGCUAACGACUUCGUAUGUGGACUUGAUGAAGCCUGAUGAGGAUUGGAGGAAUCUGCCUGAUGCAGCGGAGAGGAGGAAAAUUCAGAACCGCCUCGCUCAGCGGGCAUACCGACGAAAUAUGAGGGAUCGAACUAAAGAGGUGGAGAGGCUAAAGAAGCAACUGCAACAGCUCCAGCAAUCUAUGAGUACAGACCCCUCGACUACGCCACCGCCUGAGCACGAGCUCCCUUCCGGUGGUAGGAGUCCAUCUAGCAUGGGAGACGCCCACGCCCAAAACGCCGAUAUGUCGGCAACUACGCCAAACGGAACGCGGCGGAUGAGCGAGUACUUGCAGACCUGGCCUCACGCUUCAGGCUCGGAACAGCUGAGCGGGCUCGGACUUACGACGGAUGGAGAGAACCCUCUUGGAUUUGAUACAGCCUCCUAUUUUCACCAGGUCCAUGGUUCGAAUGAUGUCGUCCCGGAUCUACCUUCUACGGGUCGACGAGCCCGUGCCGUCACAGCUAACGUUUCCUCCACACCCGUACAGCACCCGCAUCACCUACGGAGUCACAGCAUACCCCCGAUUUACACAUCUACCUGCCCCAGUCCCAUGCCGUGGGGACAAGGAGCUGCAGCAGAAGGCCACGACGGACUUCGAGUAUCUACAAGUUUUAGCGUAUAUAAUAACCCGGAGGAGAUAUCCAUGUACCACCCAGAGUCAACAUAUCAGCUAGAUGAUGGAGUCACGCACAGCACCAAUGCGUAUGCAACUUCACCUGAUUCAGAUCUCAACAGCCAGGCGGGCUGGUCGCCACUUGACCGGAAAUCGGCCGGUGGCGGACGGCCGAGCAGUUCGUCACUAACAUCGGCGUUCCUGACCUCGGCAAAUAGCGUGGUGGACGGUAUGGCGGACAUGCACGGGUCUUCGUUUCCUGAGACAACAGCACCAUUGCUACACUUCGCAGUCGCAGGUGGGCACAUCGACACGUUGAGGCUACUUCUCCAACGCUACGACGUUAACGUGAAUAGCCGCGAUAAUGCCGGGUACACUGCAUUACAACGCGCUGUCAUGUCCGGACGCACGGAUAUGGCAGCCUUGCUUCUCGAACGCGGGGCCAUCGUCGAUGGCGACGAUAGCUGGACCGCCGAGCUUACGGGCCACCACGCCAAGAUGGAGACCCAAUGACCAACGCCGAUGGAACCCCCACCCAUUUCUUGUUUUCUUAAUCAACCUAUCCUAAAUACAUCGACGACCGAACGGAGUGUACGUUAACGAGCCUUUUAUUUUUUAUCAACUCAAUCGGGUCUCGAGUUUCUCCGUCUACUGUUAUUCUGUAUCUACCUAAUGUUGGAG